AUGGUCACCCCGAGCUACUACGCGGACGCACGACGAUAUAGCCGCCAGGAUCCGACCUACGGCUACUCUGACCGCCCGCAGCGACUCUCACAUUCAUCCGAAUCGCGGUCAUCGACCAUGACUGAACGAGAGCCCGACACCGAUACCCCUCCGCGCAAGCGCAUCGCCGUUGCUUGCGGCCGCUGCCGGAAGCGCAAGAUUCGCUGCAGCGGAGACCCUGGCCACGGGCUCCCGUGCCAAAACUGCAAGGCCGCCGGCGCCGAUUCCUGCAUGUUCUUACGAGUCGCCUCAACCGAAGCACCCUUUGUCACUACAUCAGAGUUUGCGUACGAGAUGAAGGCGGCGAGGGCAUACCAAGCGCACCAAGGCAUGGCGUCACCCCUGACGGCCUCACCGCCGCACUACGCUUCCGAAAUCCACGACGGCCUCGCCCGCUACCCCCCGAGCUCGACGGGCUACUCACCCUACACCGGUGGAGGGAAGUACUACUCGCCCGCGGCGACCAUGCCGACCUGGUCCGCCACCGCCGGUUACUCGGACGACGGCACCGGUGCCGUGGACUACAGCGCCGCCGCCACCAUGGGCUACUCGUACCCUUACCAUAGUCACGAUCCGGGCUACUACUACCGCAUGACGGCCAAGGCCGCUGCCGCUGCCUCGACCGCCGGAGACUUGUAUGCUGACGCCGCGGCGAGCUACGGCUACGGCAGCAGCAGCAGCAGCGCCGCGCUACUUCAUCGACCCGCCGCGACAGCAUCGGUGCAUAGUGAAGGGCCCAGCUUCUCUCUGUCCAACGUCGCCGCCUCCCUGCCUCACGCGGGCGGUGGCGGCGGUGACCGACUCCUCCCCAACCCGACAUCCCGUCUGCCCAACACCAACGUCCUCGCCUACCGCACCGAUACCGGCGCCCCGGCUGUCUCUUACGCCGCUUCGGCGUCGUCGUCAAAGUCCUCGGGCAGCCCGACAUCGCAGACCUCCCAGCCCACAACGGCCGUCGCUGAGGUUACGACGGCUUACAGCGCCCCGGUCGCCGGGUCGGGGAGCUACGAGUCGUCCUCGCUGUCGGCGUACCCACCACCCGCGCACACGCUGCCCUCGAUGGCGCACCACCGCCUCUCGACGGCGGCGGACAUGACGGGCUACCCGCCCUCCUCCUCCUCGACGACCGGCGGCGGCGGCGGUGGUGGCGGGGACUCCAUCUUCAGCGCCGCCGAGACGAGUCUCCGCACGCACGGCUCCGCUUCCGAGCUGAGCUACAAAUACACCGACGGACCGUCCGCGUCAUCUUCGUCAGCCUCCUUGCCGGCUGGACGCCGCGGUAGCGACGAGACCUCGGGCCCAAGCUCGGGAUCGUCCGGUUCCCUGUCAAACGGCCAGCAGUACACGGUCACGGCGCCCUCGGUGGCGGGCCUGUACGCCGCCGUGACGGGGCACGGCCGGCAUCACGUCUCUCAGUACAUGAUCUCGGACGACGUCGCGGACGACGACGAUCACCAUCACCAUCACCACCAACACCACCAACACCACCAGGCGGACCGGAGAUCCGCGUGCGGCUUGUCCGCGUCCUAG